UUGAAGUUUUAGUUUUGAUGUUUAAACUACACAAGUUAAAUAAUUAUCCGUAAUUUUAGCUUUAAUAACAAAUUAAUACCGUAAUUGUACUUGAAAAUGAAUAAUGUCUUCUAGAAUUAACUGGAUGAUUAAAUUUUAUCAGUUCCUAAAAAUAUCUUGCAGAUUGUGAUGUUUGUUGAAAGCUUCUACCUUAGGCAUAAUGCAUAAUCUUUAAAGUUAUUCUAAUCCACAUGAAUCUAACUCAAAACUUAAAGCUUAAUCUCAUACUUUUAGCCUUCUACAAACAAUGGACCUUAACAAACCUAUCAUUUUUAAACACUCAGACAUACUUAAAGCUAUUUCUGAAAUUGGGUUAUGUGCUGCAACCGAUGGAAUAUGGGAAAAUCAGGAAUUCCUUGAAGAUUGGUUUGUGUCUCCCCCAAGAUUCACAACAAUUCGAAUCAAUACACUGUUAUCAUCAGCAGAAGAAGUUGAAAACCUUGUUAUAGAAUCAUUAAAUAACGAGGCAUUGCGAAGAGGUGAGUUGGCUCCUCGAGUGAGUAGGUUUCCCGAUGUACCAGAGUUGCUGGUAUUGGAUCCCUGGGUCCGAUUGGCCCUGCCGCAGCCUCCGCAGAGAGAGGUGGUAGUGGACGCAGCCUGCGGAGCAGCCGUGCUGCGAGGGGCUAACGUGUUUGCCCCAGGACUACUUGCAGUGCCAUCUGGUACACAGGUGGGAGAUGAUGUUAGCGUGUUUGCUGACACGGCUGGGCUCUGUUUGAGAGGGUUGUCUGUACCCUUCAGUGGCCCGGGCAAGUUCCACGUUGGCGCUGGUGUCAUGAGGAUGUCUAGAAAACAGCUGUUGCAGAAUGACAACCACCCUAAAGGCAUAGCUGUAGAGAUGACUUUGCCUGCAAGUCAUGUAUCAUCAGUGACUUUACCUCCACACCUUGGUCUUCUGCAGAACCUUCCGUCAGUGUUGUGUAGUCGAGUGGUCGACCCACGCCCAGGAGACAAGGUCAUUGACCUGUGCGCAGCUCCGGGCCACAAGACGACUCAUCUAGCUGCUCUUAUGAACAAUCAGGGGAUACUGAUAGCACUGGACAAGAUUGGCCGCAAGAUAGAAACAAUGAAGAAACUUUGUACAGCAAUGGGUGCAGAAGUUGUCCGAUCAUUCAUGUUUGAUGCUACCAAGGCUGUUUCACACGAGGCUUCUGACGAUUGGUCACCCCCCUUCCUCCCCGACACGUUUGACCGAGUUCUGCUAGACGCUCCAUGCAGCGCUUUAGGACAACGACCUCUGUUUGGAAACUCAAUCACUGCGAAACAGUUGACUUCUCAUCCCAGACUACAAAAGAAAUUGUUUGACACUGCCGUGCAGCUUGUGAAGCCAGGUGGGACCAUUGUCUACAGCACGUGUUCCAUUACUGUUGAGGAGAAUGAAGAUGUAGUGAGCUGGGCACUUGACCGAUACCCGCAGUUGGCGCUGGUACCUGCCCUACCAUUGGUUGGUAGACCCGGAAGCUCAAAGAGUUCACUGACGGAGAUGCAACGCUGCCAGAUUCAGAGGUUUGGUCCUCCCAUUGGAUCAACUCCACAGCUUGAUACCAUCGGCUUCUUCAUUGCCAAAUUUACCAAACUCAGUUAAAAAUAAAUGUUUUUAUUUGAUGUUUC